AUGAAUCAAAAAGUUUGGAUUAGCAUACCCAAAGGCAUGAGUUCAAUGCAUAACAAUGAACUAAUGAAGUGUACUCUAAGUAAGAAGAAUGGCAAAUAUAGAGUUUUAUAUUGUUACGAUAAAUAUAUAUUUUAUGGAAAGGUCGGAGUGAUCGCAACAAAAUACCUCAAACUAGAUUUCGAUAUCAAAUUUGAAAUACUUUACUAAUAAAGCAAUAGAAAUGGAGAGACAGAUGAUAGUUUAGGUUAAAUAAUUGGUAUAUAAUUUCAUUUUGAUUAUGGAAAUGGAAUGAUAAGCUCAAAAUUAGGAGGAGAUGAAAAUUAAAUUAAGGAGUUGAGAAAUUUCUUGCGAUCGAGGAUAAAUUAAUACAAAUUUCAUCAAUAUUUUAGAGUUUUUAAAAAAAUUGGAAAAGGAAACUUUGCAACAGUGUACUUUACAGAAAGAAUUGAAGAUGGAUAAUAGUUUGCAGUCAAAGCGUUUUCAAAAUAAGCAGCUUAUAAUGAAGAGAAUGGAAAGGAGUCAAUAAUAAAUGAAAUUUAGAUUAUGAGGGAAUUAAAUAAUCAACAUUUAAUGAAAUUAUAUGAAGUAUAUGAAACUGAAAAUUCCCUUUACUUGGUAUUGGAAUUGCUUUCUGGAGGUUCAUUGCAUGAUUUGAUAAGAGAAAAAAAGGGAUUGAAAUUGAAAGAAGUCCAACAAUUACUAUCCGGUAUAUUGUUAGGAUUAGAAGAAAUGCACUAGAAGGAUAUUAUGCAUAGAGACUUAAAACUAGAAAAUAUUCUAUUCAAACAAAAGAAUUAAUUGCAAUCUGUUGUGAUAGCAGACUUUGGGUUGGCGACUCAUGUUAAUGAAGCUAAAUAUUUAUAUUAUCGAUGCGGAACACCUGGAUAUGUGGCUCCAGAAAUAAUUAAUUAGAAAGAUUCAAAGCAAAAAUAUUCUUCAGUAUGUGACGUAUAUAGUUUGGGUUUAAUUUUUUAUAUUUUAUUAUCUGGCAGACCUGCCUUUAUGGCUAAAACAUAUAGAAUGAUAGUUAAAUAAAAUAGAGAUGCAGCAAUUGAUUUUACAAUAAAACAAUUAAAAAAUUUGCCUGAAGAGACUAUGGACUUAUUGAAAAAAAUGUUAAACAAGGAUCCCAAAUCAAGAAUCGAUGUUGCAAAUUGUUUGAAGCAUUCUUUCAUUAAUGAUAUGGCAAGACAGAUUUAAGAGACAGAAAUCAAUGAGGAUAGUGAUAAUGAUUUAGGUUAGAUUGAUGAGGAUGUCGAUGUUGGAAAAAGGAUAAAUAAAAUAAAUUAACAAUAUUUUGUAUUUGAAGCUAGUAGACAUUUGAAUUCUCCAAAUUCAUCUUCGGAUGACUCACCAGGAAUCAUCUUGAAAAAAACAACAAAAAAAUAAAAGGAGAUUGAUUCUUCUAUGAUGUUAUCUGGACAAUCCCCUUUAUUUAAAGCAAGAAUUGAUUCAAUUGGAAGUGUUCAGUCUCUUGAUAUUUUAUCCCCAUAAUUGACUUAACAAUAGUCACCUGCAAUUAAAUAAUCAAAGUUUGCUUAGAAUAAAUAAAAAGGUAAUUAAUCAAUUCUCAAAUAUAUCACAAAUAAUUGA